UUUACGACAGGAAUAACAGUCCGCUUGACGGCAGUUAGUCACUUCCUUUCACGCGGGCGUCUUGUCCGGGUGUUACCCCCAAGACACCGGUCACUUAUUAAACCUUUGACGCGGGUCACGUUGGCCACGGUCAUGGCAAAGUUCAACGCGCCUGUGAUCCAGGACAACCCGUCCGGAUGGGGUCCAUGUGCCGUGCCAGAGAAGUUUAAAGACAUGCCCUACCAGCCCUUCAGUAAAGGAGAUCGUCUAGGAAAGGUGGCCGACUGGACAGGAGCGACUUACCAGGACAAGAGAUACACGAACAAGUAUUCCUCUCAGUUCGGUGGUGGGAGUCAGUAUGCUUACUUCCAUGAGGAAGACGAGACCAGCUUCCAGCUGGUGGACACGGCCAGGAUGCAGAAGACGGCCUACCAGAAGAACCGCAUGAGGUUUGCUCAGAGGAACCUGCGCAGGGACAAAGACCGCAGGAACGUGACGCAGUUCAACAUGCAGACGCUUCCUAAGAGCGCCAAGCAAAAGGAGAGGGAUCGCAUGCGCCUGCAGAAGAAGUUCCAGAAGCAGUUUGGCGUCCGUCAGAAAUGGGACCAGAAAUCCCAGGCCCAGUUGAAGCCCAGAGAUUCUUCUGUGGAGGUCCGCAGCGACUGGGAGGUGAAGGAGGAGAUGGAUUUCCCCAGACUUAUGAAGAUGCGAUACAUGGAAGUGGCCGAUCCCCUUGAUAUCGAGUGCUGCGGGGCCCUGGAGUACUACAACAAGGCUUUCGACCGCAUCACCACUCGCAACGAGAAGUCGCUGAAGAGCAUCAAGAGGAUCUUCCACACGGUCACCACCACCGACGACCCCGUCAUCCGCAAGCUGGCAAAGACUCAAGGCAAUGUGUUUGCCACUGACGCCAUUUUGGCCACGUUGAUGUGCUGCACGCGUUCCGUCAACUCCUGGGACAUCAUCGUGCAGAGAGUCGGCAAUAAGCUCUUCUUCGACAAGAGAGACAACUCUGACUUUGAUCUGCUGACUGUGAGCGAGACCGCCAACGAACCGCCGCAGGAUGAGGGAAAUUCCUUCAACUCCCCCCGUAACCUUGCCAUGGAGGCCACCUACAUUAACCACAACUUCAGCCAGCAGUGCUUACGCAUGGGUGGAGAGCAGUACAAGUUCCCCAACACGAACCCCUUUGUGGAGGAGGACAUGGACAAGGGCGAGGUGGCGUCUGUCGCUUACAGGUACCGCCACUGGAAGUUGGGAGAAGACAUCGACCUGAUUGUCCGCUGUGAGCACGACGGUGUGAUGACCGGCGCCAAUGGAGAAGUGUCUUUCAUUAACGUCAAGACCCUCAACGAGUGGGAUUCUAGGUAUUGUAACGGCGUGGACUGGCGCCAGAAGCUGGACUCUCAGAGAGGAGCUGUCCUGGCCACUGAGCUGAAGAACAACAGCUACAAACUGGCCCGCUGGACCUGCUGCGCCAUGCUGGCCGGGUCCGAAUACCUCAAGCUGGGAUACGUGUCUCGCUACCACGUCAAAGACUCUGCUCGUCACGUGGUUCUGGGCACCCAACAGUUCAAGCCAAACGAGUUUGCCAGCCAGAUCAACCUGAGCAUGGAGAAUGCGUGGGGCAUCCUGCGCUGCGUCAUAGACAUCUGCCGCAAGCUGGAGGAGGGAAAGUACCUCAUCCUCAAAGACCCCAACAAGCAAGUCAUUCGGGUCUACAGCCUGCCUGACGGAACCUUCAGUUCUGAUGAAGAGGAGGAGGAAGAGGAGGAAGAAGAGGAGGAGGAGGAAGAAGAUGAGGAGAACUAAAAUGGGGCGUUCUGGUGACCAGAUAACGUGACGCACACACACACACACACACAUUCAAUAAAGAGACAAUGCGCCACAAGCUUUCUUAUUGAAUAUUUUUGUGUCAAACUCACUGCAGGCCAUCAGGCAGAACAUUACAUCUAAAGUCUCCAAAACCUGAAAGUGUCCUGAGUACUUACUGCAUGUGAUCCAAGCUUCACACACAGUACAGUAUAGUUGAGAUGGACCGAAUGUGCACUUUGACAUAUCUGUGUCAACCUUCUUUUUUUCCCCUAAAUACAACCUGACUACAUCAGCAGAUACUAUAUAUACACAUAUGAUACCAGUAUUUAGUUAAAAAUACAAAUAGUGAAGUAGAUAGUAUUGCCCUGCAUGAGUAAAGUUCCCCUUUUUAAAUUAAUCUAAGAAUAAAAAUUACUCUUUGUCAAUAAUUCUCUCAAAGUAUGACUUGAUAUCCAACAGGGCAUUUAUUUGAGUUCUUGUGGGAAUUUUCACGGUCUGCUCAGCUGCUUUCAAAGUGGCCCUCACGCGGCCACGCCCCCUUCACCUCCUUCCUGCCGUGCUGGUCGCCUACAAUACACCUUUUCUGCUUACCUGUCAAAACUUUCAUAUUUUUGCUGGGAAAUCCGGUUUUUGUCCUUCUUUCCUGGCAUCUUCCCAGUCCUGUUUAGUUUGUUUUGGUGACUGCAGCAAUGGAGCCACUUGACAAGCCUCCUUCUGCAACACUCUUGAGCGUUGUCUCAUUAAAGGAGCACCACGAGUUUCAUGUUCCGUGAUCCAAUCAAAUAACGCGACAGAAAAUAUAUUUCUGCCAAAAAUCCAAACUUUGUGUUAUUAUCUUGACAAAUGGGAGAUUAUUAAAUAGGUAAAGAAGAGCAGGCAGCAGCUCACACAUUCUCAUACUUUCUGUAACAUCCAGGAAGAAAUUAUGUCGGCCAGCUUGAAAAAUGUCAACUAUAAGCUACGUUAGGGAGUCAAACUUUUUUUUUUAAUGUUCACAAUAUUUCAGGGUACCUCAUGAAGAAUCAAUACAAU